CGUCAAGUGUUCUCUUCCCUAAGUUAAAAAUAUUUUUUGCAUCAAAAUGAAAUUGUGUCUAGUGCUUUUAGUUUUCUAUGCUAAGUUAAUGUCUUGUCAAACAUUUUCAAACAUCAGUGAUCAUGGAGUUCAACGGUUAAGGGCGGGAUUUUUCGAUUUCCUUUUUGGCGAACAAACAACAGUGCAAGCAUGCAAAUGCAAAUGUGGAAUACCAAAUCGUCGACAGCGUCUACUUGGUGGCACCGACUUGAAACCGUACGAAUUUCCCUGGCUUAGUCAAAUUAUGGUUGAAGAUUCGCCACCGAUUGAGGCAACUUUGAUAAAUGAUCGAUACGUUAUAACCGCUGCGUCAACCGUUUACGGAUAUUCGCCAUACAAACUAAAAGUUGUGUUGGGAGUUUAUGAUAAUUGCUAUGCGGACGUUACAUCAGAAACAUUCAGCGUAUCGAAUAUAAUAAUUCAUCCCGAGUUUCAAUAUAUAACACGCACGAAUGACAUAGCUCUGUUGCGCCUAAGUACAGUCGUACCGUUUCAGAAGCGUAUCUCACCAGUUUGUUUGCCGACACCCAAGAUGAAUUAUGAGCACAAAGUGGCCACAAUUGCAUCCUGGUAUGAAGGGGUCACAUCUGACGGUUAUGAAACAUCGACGUGUCAGCCACGUAAAAUAGACUUGCCAAUUGCCGAACAUGAAAGUUGCACAAAGGCUACACAAGAGUCUCAAGGAUGUGUUGGAGUGGUUGGAUCAUCGAGUAUUCUCUGCCGAGAUGAUGCUGGUUCGGGUGUUCUUUAUAGUUCACCGGGUGGAUAUUAUGAGCUGAUCGGUAUUUUAUCUGAUUACCAAAGUUGUGCAGCCUCAUCACUGCACACAAAUCCAAAGGAGGAAGAUCUAAACCUACCCAUCUACACAAAGGUCAACAGUUAUUUAGAUUGGAUUUUGUUUCAUACGAAAGGCGCGUGUUACUGUAACAAAAUUUGA